AUGAAGAAAUGCACGCCCGAGGAGAGAGCGGCCGAGGUUCAGAAAGCCAAGGCUUCGAGCAGAGCGUGGGUUCAGAUGAACAGGACCUGGGACUACAACCAGAUCUGUGCGCUCCUGCCCGAUCACCGCUCUCGCGUCAUCAUGGUCAAGGAGUUUCUUCAGCGUGGUUUUUUUAUCACGAACCAGCCCCGCGAGUCUGACUGUGAUGAAGAUGAUGCUGCUGCUCCUUCAUCUGAUCUUCCUCAAACCCGGUUGGUUCAGAGGGCUCCUGGCAUUAAACACUGCCAGAAGAUCGUGAGAGUGGCGAAGCCGGACGUGCUCAGGAUCCAGAGGGACCUCCAGGCGGGCAGAGAGCUCUCCAACACGGACCAGACGCUCUACCGCUACUACUGCGAGGCGCUCUUGGUGUUUGUCCACAUGCAGCGUCCCAGAGCUGUGGAAGCCUUGACGGAUGCUGAGUGGGUGAACAAGACCAAGCUGGGUGACAGAUUUGUGAUCGGCGUACAGAGGGAGAAAACCUCGAGUAUGCAGAUUGCUCUGACCCAAGAGGAGGAAGCUUGCUUGGAGCUGUACUUCAGACGAAUCAGGCCUGAGAACAUUCAGCCGGAGAAACUCUGCAAUAGAUUCUUUGUUUCGUCAUCCGGCAUGGAAGUUCAAAGUGUCUCUCGGGACAUGAAUCGGCUCCAUAAAUUGUACAAGCUGGCUCCUUUCUCUGCCCAGUGUGUGCGGAGGGCUGUUGAGGAGGCUGCAGAAAAGCUCCCGGCGCAGCAACAGGAGGCGCUGCACCAUUACCUGUCCAUCAGCGCUGGUGCGGUCCGGCCGCAGGAUGUCGUCGACGCAGCUCUGCUGCUGGAAUCAUUAGUCAGCACUUCUGCAGACGAGACUUCCUCGGCCACAAGCUGUGCAGCUGGACCAUCUGGGAAGAGCUUCGCUGAGUUCGUGGAGAGAUUUCCUGUUUCGCCGGAGGGUCAGCCGCCAUCCAAGAAGCAGCGCGUCGAAUCAGGCUUUCCAGAUGACCGCGUUUUUUAUGAUAAGUGGCGGAUUACCCAGUAUGCCCAGAGAGAGCAAUAUCUGCUGUCACAUUUCACAGUCCGCAAGCCUUCGGCCGCAAAGGUGGCACGGCUUAUUACACAGGAGGGAUGGAAGGUCAACUGUCCCAAGCCGGAGGACAUCGAACGGCUGUGGACACCACCUUCGAAGGCAGCAGUUGAAGAUGACAAGUUCAUCCUUCACUGUGUGUCUGAGCAGAACUGGUCGGGCAUGGCCAUAAAAGACUUUGGUGAUGAGCGUGGUUUUGGAGUCGUGGCAACUCAGACUUUUUCAAAGAACGACAUUGUUUGCGACUGCCACGGCAAGGUCAUCCCAGCUGCACAAGGGAGGGCGAUGGUGCAGGCCCAGCAUGACGAGGCCGGGUACAUGUUCUUCUUUAAAGCCGGAAAAAGAGAUCUCUGCGUCGACGCCCAGACCUUUCCGUGCGAGUGCCACCCUGGCAAAGACACCGUUGGGAGGAGGAUAAACCACUCCACAAAAGCGCCCAACCUGAAGCCCUUUCACUGCAGGUUACGUGUGAAUGGGGAGGACAAGGACGUCAUCCUCUUCAGGGCACUGAAGGACAUCAGUGUGGGCGUUGAACUACGGUUCGACUACGGGGUCAAAAGGAAGUCCUUCCGUGGAGAGGGCCUACACCUGGACUGGCUGGAUGGUUGAGAAGGCCUUUAUCAGGCUGGAGUGGCUGGACUUUUGAUUCCUGUUUUAAGGACUAGAUUUUGCUGGACUCUCACAGACCAUUUGUGUUACAUUUUAUGACACAAGACUGGGAACUGUGUAUGAACUAUCAAUGUUUUAUUUGUCAACUGUGAGCUCGCGAAUGAACUAUAGAUGAUUGGACAAAAUUGGGAGCUUGCGUAUGGACUUGAUGUUCAUGUAAAAGGAGCCUCAGUAGCGUCUAAACAUUGUAGUUUCAUGUAAAUGGAGCCUCAGUGUGACCAAUGAAAUAAUUGAGUUUGAUCUACGUCCUGGAGCUGGAG